AUGGCCAACAACAAGUCCACAACCAUCCCUCACAAACUUCCAACUACUUCAGAAGACAACAACAACAACAAUCAACAUGGUGUCUCUCAUCAUGAAACCCUCCUUGGCUCCUUGAUGCUUCGGAACCCGAACUCGACACCCAACCGGGUUUCGAGCCCGAUUCACAAUGACAUUCCCAUGUCAAGUAACCACAUUCCUCCCAUCAUACUCAAUUCUGCUUCUCCUAAUGACCUUAAUGGUCAGGUUGUUCCAAGCCCAAGGGCCAAUGUGGUGGUUAGGCAAUCAAAGCCUAGGGGAAGGCCAAAGGGGUCCAAAAACAAGCCCAAGGCCCCAAUCUAUGUGGCCCAACCAUUGGCUGAGCCCAACAACAAGAACCAAUUGCUUGAAAUCCAACCUGGGUCGGAUAUCAUGGAGAACAUUCAAGGAUUUGCUCGGGCCCAUAAUGUUGGGCUUGUUUUCUUGAGUGGGGUGGGCCGAGUUCGAAACGUUUCGUUUCGGAACUACUCGGCCCACCAGCCCUCAAUUAAUCAUGUUGGGCUAUUUGACUUGGUGUCCUUGAGUGGUAUUAAUGUGGGGUCCGCUGUUUUGACCAAUAGAGAAGAGACAGGUGGCAUGUCGUACUCAUACUUUAAUGGGUCCCACAGCAAUUACUUGUCUAUUGUGAUGACGGGGCAUAGGGGAAUUAUGUUUAGUGGGGUUGUAACUGGAAGACUCAUUGCUGCUUCGACUGUCAUACUUAGUGUAACAACUUUUAUCAACUAUGAGUUUCAUAGACUUCAAUCUCAAGUUAUUGACUAUCAAAAUCAACAUCCACAUGUUAGUGGUGUCGGGUCGAGUAUGGCCGGGCCGAGUUCGUGUCCGGGUUCAUCUUCUGAAGCAAUUGGGUACGUAGAUGAAGCGAUGAAUUGGGAUCCAAAUCCGAAUGAACGGAAGCAUAUCCGUUUUUCUGAUUACUAA